AUGGCGAUUUCAAAGGUAAUCGUUGUUGGUUCCGGACCAGCAGGGCUAGUACUUUCACUCCUGCUCGCCAAGCAGGGCAUCAACGUACUCAUCCUCGAAGCCGCCCAGAAGCUCGACGAGAGCCCUCGCGCAUCACAUUACGCGCCCCCAGCGACCUACGAGCUCGAAAGAGCAGGCGUGUUGCAAGAGGUGAUCUCCGAGGGGUUCUUCCCCGACGGGGUAUCGUGGCGAGACAUCGACGGCAACCCGCUCGUCUCACUCCUCCAAAAAGAUGCAACCAGAGACAACAAGGUCGUCUGCUUGCCCCUGAACCACCUGACCAGAAUCCUCAUCGCGCACCUGGCGAAGGAAGACCGGGCGGACUUGAGAUGGUCUCACAAGGUUCUGCCCACUAUGGGACAGGACCCGUCGGCGGCGUGGGUGAUGGUGCAGACCCCACACGGCGUCGAGAAGUUCUCGGCAGACUACAUCGUCGGGUGCGACGGUGCGAAGAGUCAGAUCCGGAGAUCGUUGCAAGGAGACGAGUUCCCCGGACGGACGUGGGACGAGCAGAUCGUGGCCACGAAUGUCUACUACGACAUGUCUCCCUACAAGUGGCAAGAAGUCAACUUCAUCCUCGAUAGAGAGCACUGGUCCCUGGUCGCCAAGAUCCAGAAUGAUGGCCUGCUGCGCGUGAUCUACGGAGACAUCCCAGGCCUGACCCGAGAGGAGUACAUCGCUCGGCAGCCCAUGAAAUUCAAACAUUUCCUCCCCGGCCGCCCCGAUCCCGACCAGUACAGAGUCGUCAGCAUCAGCCCGUACCGCGUCCAUCAACGAUGCGCGAAGCGCUUGCGCGAGGGACGCUUCCUUCUCGUUGCCGACGCAGCGCAUCUAUGCAACCCCUUCGGCGGACUCGGUCUGACAGGCGGUCUGGUCGACGCCGGCAACCUCUUCGACUGCCUCAACGGGAUCCAUCAGGGUCUCGCCACCGACGCCAUCCUGACGCGAUACGACGUCGUGAGACGAGAGAAGUACCACAGCAUGAUCGACCCCAUCUCCAGCGAGAACAUCCGGCGGAUGUGGAAGGAUCCCGCAGUCGCGCGGGAGGAGGACACGUUUUUCGCCAUGUGUCGGAAAGCCGAAGCCGAUCCGGAAUUCGCCAAACUCAUGCAGCAGGGUGUGAAAGCGAUUAUGCAUGAUUUUAGAAAGGAAUAUGACGGUGCACUGGCAUCAACGGUUUCAACGGCUCCAACGGCAUCAAUGGCUCCAACGGCAUCAGCGGCUUCAAUGGCACCAACGGCAUCGACGGCUUUAACGGCUCCAACCGCUCCAACGGCUUCAAAUUAG